AUGGAUCAAUCGGCGUUCUCCAAUCUCGACUUUACAACUCUAGAAAAGAUCAAACAAGUAUUUCUAAAGAGUGCAGGGGUAUUAUGGGUGACCAGAGGCGGAAUCAUUGAACCUACGUGCCCAGAAGCUGCCCUUGCGUUCGGAUUCGCAAGAACAGCUCGUACUGAGUCGGGAGUCAGGCCAAUCAUAUCACUCGACAUCUCUGCGAAGGAGUUUCCCUUGAAAUAUCCAACAAUUGAGAUUAUUGUCAGGAUGUUGAAGUCUCGGUUUUUCCACGAAAACUUGAGCUGCGAACAUCUGGAUACCGAGUUUGCAUUGAAGGAUGGAGUGGUUUCAAUUCCUCGCAUCCUUGAAAUGGAGGAUAUGGACCAGGAAUUUGCGUAUCUAAACCAGCACGAGACACGAUCCCAGGAGGUAUUUCAGCAGCCAGAACAGCCCUUACGCUUGUCAAAGAGACAUACAAAACAUAAUAAUGCAUAUUUUACAACCGACCUUCAAGUGCGUCCACUACCAGAAGGAUAUAUCGGUAUCGAAGUGAUCGCAUUUGGUCUAAAUGAAUGUGACCUAGAAGAUAUACAAGUUGAUGACUACGAAGUGACAUCCGGGCAAGAAUGCAGUGGAAAGGUCUACGCUGUUGGUGCCGGAGUCGAGGAGUUCUGCGUGGGAGACCGUGUUGCUUGCCUUGGAGCAGGAACAUCCCGGAGUUACUAUCAUGAUCAAGCUUCGGCCUUUCAGAAGAUUCCAGAUAAUAUGUCGUACGAACUGGCGGCAGCAAUUCCAGUGCCAGUUGGCAUGGACUAG